AUGUCUACCAUGACAGUCUUUGGGUUCUUUGCAUUAUCAGGUGGUCAGUUGGUGCAGUCAUUGAGGCCAGGGGCAACAUCAAAGACCUAUCACUGUUUGUACAACACUACAGCACGAGGUAUGUCAAGUGUGGUUUUCCCUGUGCAGCUUCAAGUUUACAGCCCCUUCAACAAUUCUGUCCAUGUUGAUGAUACUGUUGCUUUUGUGGUGGCAAGGACAUAUGCACUCACCAUUUGA